AUGAGCGAAGCCCAUGUGGUGUGUCGGCAGCUGAGCUGCGGGCGUGCCCUGGCCGCCCCCGGUGAGGCCCUAUUUGGAGAAGGCAGAGGGGAAUUUCUGCUGGAUGACGUGGAAUGCAGUGGAAAUGAGCGUUUCCUGGGACAGUGUCUUCAUGCCAACUGGCUCCUGCAUAACUGCGGCCCUGGAGAAGAUGCGAGUGUCAUCUGUGCAGGUGAAGAAAAUGAAGCAACCAUUUUGUCAGUUCUGCCUGCUGCCGUGUCAACUCAGCUGCCGCUGGUACCUGCUGAGAGUUCAGUGUCUUCAGUUCUACCUGUUGCUGACUCGCCACCUGCCAGCCACAGAGCCAUCAUGCCUGAGCCCAGCCGACCUGGGGCCUGGCCAGCGCUAAGGCUAGUGAAUGGCUCUGGUAGGUGCUCCGGACGUGUGGAAGUUUCCUACCAGGGCACCUGGGGGUCAGUAUGUGAUGAUGGCUGGAGCCUGCGGGAGGCCCAGGUGGUGUGCAGGCAGCUUGGGUGCGGCCCAGCCCUGUCUGCGCCCCUUGGUGCCCACUUCGGCCCAGGCUUUGGAAGGAUUCUCCUGGACAACGUGCGUUGCAGUGGUGAGGAAAGCCUGCUGGCCCUAUGCACCCACAACAGCUGGUUCAUGCACGACUGUGAGCAUGGAGAGGAUGCCGGAGCCAUCUGUGCCGGUUCCCUCACAGCAGGCCCACCUGCUCCAGAAAAGAAAUAUCUUUUUAUCCUAAUAAAUAGAAGCAAAGUCAUCACCUGCAUCAUCACCAUCAUCAUCAUCAUCAUUCUCACUUUUUGCAUCUUUAUCACCAUCAUCAUCACUGAUAGAGUCAACACUGCCUCCAUCAUCAUCAUCACUGCCACAAUCAUCAACGCCAUCAUCAUCGUCAUCUUCACUUUUAUCAUCACUGUUACCACAAUCUCCACUUCCACCAUCUUCAUCAUCAUCUUCUUCUUCACCAUUAUCAGCAUCUGUGCCACAAUUACCACUGCUACCAUCACCAUCAUCUUCAAUAUCACCUUCACCACUGCCACAGUUAUCACUUCCAUUGCCACCAUCGUCCCCAUCAUCACUGCCACUAUCACGACUAUUACAAUCAUCGCCUUUGCCUUCAUCUUCAUCUUCAAAAUCAGCAUCACCACUGCCACCAUCAUUACCAUUGCCAUCAUCAUUGCCACAAGCACCAUUGUCACCAUCAUCAUCAUCACUGUCUUCAUCAUCAUCUUCAGUAUCAUCAAUCUCAGUGCCAAGGUCAUCACCUCCACAAUCAUCAUCAUCACCUUCAUCUUCUUCAUCAUUACCAGCAUCACCACCACAAUCAUCAUCACCAUCACCAGCAUCAUCACCAUCAGCAUCACCACUGCCACCAUCAUCAUCAUCAUUACCAUCAUCAUUGCCACAGGCACCAUUGUCACCAUCAUCAUCAUCACUGUCUUCAUCAUCAUCUAUCUCAGUGCUACAGUCAUCACCUCCACAAUCAUCAUCACCUUCAUCUUCUUCACCAUUACCAGCAUCACCACCACAAUCAUCAUCACCUUCACCAUCACCAGCAUCACCGCCACAAUCAUCAUCACCUUCAUCUUCUUUACCAUUACCACCAUCACCGCCACAAUCAUCAUCACCUUCAUCAUCUUCACCAUCACCAGCAUCACCGCCGUCAUCACCUCCACAAUCAUCAUCAUCACCUUCAUCUUCUUCAUCAUUACCAGCAUCACCACCACAAUCAUCAUCACCAUCACCAGCAUCAUCACCAUCAGCAUCACCACUGCCACCAUCAUCAUCAUCAUUACCAUCAUCAUUGCCACAGGCACCAUUGUCACCAUCAUCAUCAUCACUGUCUUCAUCAUCAUCUAUCUCACAUCACCGCCCAUCAUCACUGCCACCAUCAUCAUCAUUACCAUCAUCAUUGCCACAAGCACCAUUGUCACCAUCAUCAUCAUCACUGUCUUCAUCAUCAUCUUCAGUAUCAUCAGUCUCAGUACCAUGGUCAUCACCUCCACAAUCAUCAUCAUCACCUUCAUCUUCUUCAUCAUCACCAGCAUCACCAUCACAAUCAUCACCAUUCUCAUCAUCAUCACCUUCAGCAUCACUACUGCCACCAUCAUCAUCAAUACCAUCAUCAUUGCCACAAACACCAUUGUCACCACAAUCAUCAUCACUGUCUUCAUCAUCAUCUUCAGUAUCAUCAAUCUCAGUGCCACAGUCAUCACCUCCACAACCAUCAUCACCUUCAUCUUCUUCAUCAUCACCUUCAUCUUCUUCACCAUCACCAGCAUCACCGCCGCAAUCAUCACCUUCAUCACCUUCAUCCUCUUCACCACUGCCAGCAUCAUCAGCAUCACCACUGCCACCAUUAUCACCAUCACCACCAUCAUCAUUGCCACAAGCACCAUUGUCACCAUCAUUGUCAUCACUGUCUUCAUCAUCAUCUUCAGUAUCAUCAAUCUCAGUGCUACAGUCAUCACCUCCACAAUCAUCAUCUCCUUCAUCUCCUUCAUCAUUACCAGCAUCACUGCCGCAAUCAUCACCUUCAUCAUCAUCAUUAUUACUGCCACAAGCACCACUGCUACCAUCAUCAUCUUCAAAAUCACCAUCACCAUUGCCACCUUCAUCAUCAUUACUUUCAUCUUCACCAUCACCAGCAUCACUUCCACAGUCACCAUCAUCACCAAUCCCAUCAUCAUCACUGCCACCAUCGCCACUGCUACCAUCAAUAUCAUUCAUCACUGCCACAAUCACCAUCAUCAUCGCUGCCACAACCACCACUUCACCUCUACCACCACCAUCAUCAAUGUCUUCAUUAUCUUCACCAUCACCAUCACCUCUGUCACAGUCAUCACGGCCAUCAACACCAUUACCAUCAGCAGAAUCACUGUCACCAUCAUCCUCAACUUCACCAUCAUUAUCAUUUUUACUAUCAUUACCAUUAUCAUCCUCAUACUCACCAGCAUCUUUGCCACAGUCAUCACUUCCCACGUUACGACCACCACAAUCACCUUCAUCAUUAUCCUCUUCACCACCACCAGCAUCAGCAUUACAGUCUUCACUGCCAUCAACACCAGCAGGAACGUCACUGCUAUCAAUAUUAACAUCACCAUUACCAACAAACACUGGUCUAUUAGUUCCGAGAGUGGCAGAGGGGUGGAUGAGAGUGAAAAAUCCCAGUGUGGUGGCGUCAUCACCAAUUCAUCCGGAGCCAUCCGGAACCCUCCCCAGAGGAAAAUACACAGCAACAUCACCUGCAUGUGGGAAAUCAAGGCCAAUGCCUCCGACCAGGUCCGGCUGGCAUUCCCCUUUCUCAGCUUCGACUGCACCAACGAAUAUUUCAAAAUCCUGGAUGGCCCUCCUUCCUCCGUCAAGUCCCUGGGCAAGGCCUGCUCUGGCGCCUACCUCACCUACAUGUCCUCCUCCAGCUCCAUGACCCUUGUCUACUUCAGGAGCCUCAACACCACAGGGGAAAACUUUGUCGCUUAUUAUUACUCUGCAGCCAAAGAGGCCGAGUCCCAGACCCCACAUCUGAUCAGAGACUGGCCGGAGCUGAGGCUGGUGGGUGGCUCUGGCCCGUGCUCAGGCCGCGUGGAGGUCCUCCACCAGGGGGCCUGGGGCACCGUGUGUGAUGACCUGUGGGACCUGAAUGAAGCUGAGGUCGUGUGCAGACAGCUGAGGUGUGGACGGGCCAUGUCUGCUCUUGGAAAAGCCCACUUUGGCCCUGGAUCAGGAGACAUCUUCUUGGACAACCUCCAGUGCGCUGGAGUGGAGCGUGCCCUGGGCCAGUGUGCCCAUGCAGGCUGGUUGGAGCACAACUGCGGGCACCACGAGGAUGCUGGUGUCAUCUGCUCAGAUGCUGAAGUGUCCCUUGCUCAGGACCCAGGGGACUGGCCGGAGCUGAGGCUGGUGGGUGGCUCUGGCCCGUGCUCAGGCCGCGUGGAGGUCCUCCACCAGGGGGCCUGGGGCACCGUGUGUGAUGACCUGUGGGACCUGAAUGAAGCUGAGGUCGUGUGCAGACAGCUGAGGUGUGGACGGGCCAUUUCCAGUCCAGGAGAGGCUCACUUUGGCCCUGGAUCAGGAGACAUCUUCCUGGACAACCUCCAGUGCACUGGAGUGGAGCGUGCCCUGGGCCAGUGUGCCCACUUGGGCUGGUUGGAGCACAACUGUGGGCACCACGAGGAUGCUGGCGUCAUCUGCUCAGAUGCAGAAGCCCUGCCUCCAACCACAGCUCCAGGUCCUUCUGUGGCUCCUCAGAAUCCUGUUACAGGAGGAAGUGAGUCUUGUGGAGGGGUCCUCUCUAGUCUCUCUGGCUCAUUUUCCAGUCCACACUACCCAGAAAGCUAUCCAACGGACAUCCAGUGUGUUUGGGAAAUCCACAUGAAAAAACAAUUGCGCAUACAACUCAUGAUUCCAAGUUUGAAACUGGAAGACAUUCCUGGGUGCCCCUAUGACUCGGUUGAAGUCUUCGAUGGCCCUCGGAUCGCCUCACUCUCUAUGGGGAAGUUCUGUGGCUCCGUGGCUAUGCUGUUUUUUUCUUCCUCGGAUAUCAUGACCGUGGUGUUCCGCAGCGAUCCUAUGAUCACCAACAUUGGCUUCUAUGCCUUGUUUAAUGCUAUUGCACAGGAUGAAGAAGACUCAGAAGAAGGCCCAGUGCUGCAGCUCGUGGGUGGUUCCAGCCGGUGCUCAGGCCGCGUGGAGGUCCACCACAAGGGGGCCUGGGGUACCGUGUGCGAUGACCUAUGGGACCUGAACGAAGCCGAGGUCGUGUGCAGACAGCUGAAGUGUGGACGGGCCAUGUCUGCUCCCGGAAAAGCCUACUUUGGCCCAGGCUCUGGGGACAUCCUUCUGGACAACCUCCAAUGCUCAGGAAGUGAGAGCCACCUUGGCCAGUGCCCCAGCUCCACCUGGUCAGACCACAAUUGCGGCCACCAUGAGGACGCUGGAGUCAUCUGCUCAGAAGGAAGCAGCUCUUGUGGUGGCGUGCUUUCCAGUAUCUCUGGCUCCUUCUCCAGUCCUUGGUAUCCUGCUAACUACCCCACCAGCGUGGAGUGUGUCUGGGUCAUUCACAUGGCUGAGACGUUCCUCAUAGAAUUGAGGGUCCCAAGCCUGCAGUUAGAGGACGUCUACGGGUGCCCUUACGACUACAUCGAGGUCUUCGACGGCCGGCAAACUGCUUCGCUCUCCAUGGGCAAGUUCUGUGCCGGAGCGGAGCUCACCUUUCUUUCCUCUUCAAACAUCAUGACUACAGUAUUCAGAAGUGACUCCAUGGUCACCAACGUGGGGUUUUACGCCCUGUACAGUGCCAUUGUGCAAGACGAGAAGCACAGUGGUAUGUCCCUCCGACUGGUAGAUGGCAACCACAGGUGUGAAGGUCGGGUGGAAGUCUCCUACAAUGGCACCUGGGGCACCGUGUGUGAUGAUCACUGGGACCUGUCAGAUGCCAAGGUGGUGUGCCAGCAGCUGGGCUGUGGGGAGGCUCUGUCAGCUCCACCUGAGAGCUACUUUAAUGGAGGCACUGGCCACAUCCUGCUGGACGACAUGCAGUGCAUGGGGGAUGAGGCCAAGGUGUGGCAGUGCAUGCACAAUGGAUGGUUCUCCCACAACUGCGGCCACCAUGAGGAUGCCAGUGCCAUCUGCUCAGAUGACAGUUUCCAGUGUGGCGGUUUGCUCACAAAUGCUUCGGGCUCCUUCUCCAGUCCUUGGUAUCCUAUGAAAUACCCCACCAACGUGGUAUGCGCCUGGGAUAUACAAGUAGACAGCAGAGCUCAUGUCAAGCUUACAUUUCAAGUGGUAAAGAUGGAAAAUUUCUAUGGCUGUCCAUAUGACUUCAUUGAAAUCUUUGAUGGCCCACCAAGCGAGUCAUUCUCCCUGGGGAAGUUCUGUUCUGGGAUCACCCCAGUGUUUGUAUCCUCUGCCAACCGCAUGAGGGUGGUGUUCCACAGCGAUGCCAUCAUCACCAACAGCGGUUUCCAUGCCUCGUACGAGUCCCUGGUGCAAGAUGAGAAUGACACUGAGGUGGCCCUGAGGCUAGCCGAUGGCAGCCACCAGUGCGAGGGCCGCGUGGAGCUGCACUACAACGGCACCUGGGGCACAGUGUGCGACGACAGCUGGGACCUGCGGGACGCCCAAGUGGUAUGCUGGCAGCUGGGCUGUGGCGUGGCCCUGGCUGCCCCAGGACAGGCGCAUUUCAGGCGAGGCCAGGGCCCCAUUGCCCUGGACGAUGUGGAGUGUAUGGGGACAGAAGCCAGGCUAUGGCAGUGCCUGCACAAUGGCUGGUUUGCCCACAACUGUGGCCACCAUGAAGAUGCCAGCGCCAUCUGCUCAGCCUCUCUACCAUAUUCCACACCGUUGGCUGCCGCCCAGAGAGCACCUGGAAAGAGAAGCACGGACGAAUGGAUCAGUGUUAAACGUCAGGUAGAAAGAGCUGGUGCCUUUGGCUCUGUGUGCUAUGCCCCUGUGGGCUUAUCCACCCCAAUAGCAGGUGGCAGAGGGGGCUCGAACUCUGCAGCUAAAAGUACUAUCUCGUGGAAGAAUGGGAAGACCCCUUUCAAAUCCCCUUGGCUCUUGACUUCUACAGACCUGCCCGUGGUGAGACUAGCCGAUGGGAAGAACAGGUACCAGGGGCGCGUGGAGAUCCACCAUGGUAGCACCUGGGGCACGGUGUGUGAUGAUCUCUGGGACCUACCUGCUGCCCAGGUGGUAUGCCAGCAGCUGGGCUGUGGGUUGGCCCUGGCGGCUCCCAGAAGCAGUCUGUUUGGUGAUGGCUCCGGCCCCAUUUUUCUGGAUGAUGUGAGGUGCACAGGCAACGAGAGCAGCCUGGGGCAGUGCCGCCACCUGGGCCUGUCUGUCCAUAACUGCGGCCACCACGAGGAUGCCGGGGCCAUCUGCUCAGCAAUUGGGGUGAUGCCAGUGUCAGCAGAAUCCACUCCCGCAGUUGACUUGCCCGUCAUCAGGCUGGUGGAUGGGAGCAGCCCAUGUGAAGGGCGCGUGGAAGUCUACCACAAUAGCACAUGGGGCACCGUGUGUGAUGACCUCUGGGAUAUCAGUGCUGCCCAUGUGGUGUGCCGGCAACUGGGCUGCGGGGAAGGCGUCAGUGCGCUAGGACAUGGCCACUUCGGGGACGGCGUAGGUAGCAUCCUCCUGGACGACGUGCAGUGUCAGGGCAACGAGACCUCACUGAGCCAGUGCCGCCACCUGGGCCUGUCCGUGCACAACUGUGGCCACCACGAGGACGCUGGGGUCAUCUGCUCAGUCACGGAUCCAAUGUCAACCAAAGUGAUACCAUUACCUGUUACGAUUUCGGUAGAUGAAGAAGUAAACCCUCUGCCUGACCUAGCCCUGCGCUUGGUGGACGGGCGCAGCCGCUGCGAGGGACGUGUGGAGGUGUGGCACCAGGGCCUGUGGGGUACAGUGUGCGACGACCACUGGAGCCUCAGGAAUGCGCGCGUGGUGUGCCGCCUGCUGCGCUGCGGCCGCGCACUGGGCGCCCCGGGCCGUGGCCGCUUCGGCCCGGGCACCGGGCCCAUCCUGCUGGAUGACGUGCGCUGCGCGGGCACCGAAGCCACGCUGGGGAGCUGCGCACACGGCGGCUGGGCAAAGCACGACUGCCGGCACCAGGAGGACGCGGGCGUGGUGUGCGCAGGUCCAGCUGACUUGGUUGUGCCCAAGGACAAUGCCCAGCUCUCCUGCUUGCCUCACCUCUUCCAAGCCACCAUUGACCGAGGCUAUCUCCAGAGGCUGGGCUAUUCCUCCUGGGACGUCCGUGUCCAUGAUGAGCUGUGUCAUCCCCGGGUCACAGGACGCUACCUGAUCUUCAGCAUUCCUUAUGGCCGCUGUGGCACCGUCCGGCAGGAACACGGAGGCGGCUCCCUUAGCUACUCCAACUCCAUCAGGGGCCGGAAACGUGGUCACCUUGGCCGAGUCAUCGUGCGACACAAGGUGCCGCAGCUGAAGUUCACGUGCAGGGUGGAGAGCUCGUCUGUAGCUGGAGUCGCUGGUGGGGUGGACACCGCUCUAGAGGGCGCCCGCUACGACGUGUCCAUAUCCUUCCUCCAGUCACCGGCAACCCAGCCUAUGUGGGCUAUGGCACCGUACUAUGCCAGCCGCAAGGAGGAGGUCUUUCUGCAGGCCACGCUCCAUAGCCCAGACCUCAACCUGAGGCUGUUCGUGGAUACCUGCGUGGCGUCUCCGGAUCCCCAGGAUUUUGAAACCAUCAAACAUGACUUGAUUCGACAUGGGUGCAUCAAAGACAAUUCCUAUGCCAUCCUUCCCUCCCGCCAGAAGAACAUGGUGCAGUUCAAGUUCAAUGCCUUCAGCUUUCUUGACAGCUAUGACAUGGUCUACCUACAGUGCAAGGUCGCCGUGUGUCAAGCUGGGGACCCCUCUGCUCGUUGCUCCCAGGGCUGUGUAGGGCAGCGUAGGAAAGAGGCAGGCCCCAUGGAGGCCAAGCAAGCACAGGAUGAACACUACCAGCUGGUGGGGCCUCUGGGGAUACCCAGAGCACCUGGGCAGAGCCAUCGAUUUGUGUGAAUUCUUCAGUUUCCACUGGAAUCUCUUAGGAAUUAAAAAGCAAAGUGCACUUGUUUCAUGAAUCAGACGUUAUCCUUGUCAGGACACAGGCGCAACAAACAGUUGGCAAGAAUUGCUUAUCUGUGUUUAUUACUAAAUAAA